AUGCAAGAUAUAAACCAAACCAUAGACCUAUUGAACACCGCCCUGGAAAGUAUCAACACCACCCUCCAAAAUAUCAACACCACCCUCCAAAAUAUCAACACCACUUCCAUUACUCAAUUAAACAAACUCAUCGAUGUCUGUUCGUUAAAUUUAUCUCAACACACCCCUGUGCCUUCCUCUCUCUUGGUUAACUUGAAACAAACUUUGCUCCACCCUCCCAUCGGAUUGGAUUUCGAUUCCAUCUUGGAAUUGUUACAAAAAAUCAUAUCAAUCACAGAUUUCGAUACAAUCACAAACAUCUAUUCUCUCUCAGAUCUCCAAUCGGCUUUGGAUUCUAAUAUCCCUCAACUUGCCAUUUCAACUUUACACAUCAUAAAUUCCUCCCCUUCCCCCCUCUGUUAUCCUCACGUUUUACAACUAUACUUCAACGUCUCAACUCAAAUCUCUAUCGUAUCUCAAAUUGAAAUUUUUUUUUCCAAUAAUCCCAUUUUCAAAUCAUACCUAUUAACUCAAACUGAAUCCCAUAUUUGUUUACAAUCUGCUAGAUCGUCCAAUGAUCCAAUCAUUUUCGCAAGAGCAUUGACCCUUUUACAAUCAUUAUUCACAUCUUUCAACACCACAAACUCUUUUAAUUUGGAUAAAAAAAUUUUUUUCUUCUCAUCAAAUGAUCUUUUCAAACUAUUACAAUCUGAUAUUCUUUGUUUUAUUAAUUUGACAAAUUAUCAUACUUCAUUACUCGAUUCAAUACUCACCUCCACUUCGCAUUGGUCAUUACCUGAUUUCCAACCAAUCUUUAAUGCUUAUGGCUCCAUAUAUAAGGAUAUCGAUACUUACCCAGAUAUACAAUCGUUUGCCAAGACACAUAUUUUUAAAUUAUUCGCCAAAAUAUCCUACCUUAAUGAUUCUUCCAUCUACCAUGCUCUAGAUACUUCCUAUUUAAAGAUCUCCCCCAUUUGUCCCGAUAUCGUUGAUUUCUUAUCAUUUACAAAUCCAAAUUAUUUAUUCAUCCACCAUAAUUCUCUUUGCACUCGAUUCUCCAUUUUCAAACCUUCAAAUAUACCCAUUCUAAGAAAUUUAAUAACUCUUCCUCAAACUUUCCAAUUAAUUACACCAAACAUCAACUCUCUUUUACAAUUACCUUACUUGGAACAAAUGGUCCUGUUACAAAAAAUGUCUCAAUAUCAUCAUUGCAUAGUCUUUUUAAUUAACAAUUGUCCCUCCAUUAUUUCUAAUCUUUUAAAUACAAACAAAUCAAACAUUAUUGAAUCAGAAACAGUAGAAUUGAGAAAUGAAGUAUUGGAAAAUUUCUUACAUUUCGAUAAAUCAAUUCUCGAUGUUUGGUUCGAACCUUUGAAAAAAGAAUAUAAUUCUACACCUACUUAUACACCUCAAAUAGCUUUAAUAAAAAAAAAAAAAAAAUUCAACAACACUAUAUAA